CAAAAUCCCUUACUUAUUUUGGGCCGAAUAAAAAUACUUAAGAUUCGGCGGUGGCAGAAGAGCUGUCAUGGAGAGCUGUCAUGGCUCGGCAAGCACUCCCUCUGUUCGAAAACUUUAGCCACUGCCUUUGUUCAGCCACAAAAGCUUCUUUAUCACAAGCACAUGCCCACAUCCUCAAAACUGGCAUUUCACUGCCGGAGACCAUUCAAAUAUUCUCAAAGCUCAAUCAUUUUGGUCACGUAAUCCGCGUCUUCUCUUACAUGCUCACACAAGGUAUCGUGCCUGAUAGCCGUGUCUUGCCUACUGUCAUCAAGACAUGUGCUGCGCUAUCGGCAUUGCAAACCGGAAAACAGAUGCAUUGUUUUGCAUUGGUAUCUGGGUUAGGUUUGGACUCCGUUGUCCUGUCCUCUUUACUACAUAUGUACGUUCAAUUCGACCGUUUAAAGGAUGCUCGCAAUGUGUUCGAUAAAUUGCCUCAACCAGGUGUGGUUACGUCUAGUGCUUUGAUUUCGCGUUUUGCGCGGAAGGGGCGUGUAAAGGAGACAAAGGAGUUGUUUUAUCAGACAAGAGAUUUAGGUGUUGAGCUUAAUUUGGUAUCGUGGAACGGUAUGAUUUCAGGUUUUAAUCGUAGUGGCAGCUAUCUUGAUGCGGUUCUUAUGUUUCAAAACAUGCACUUGGAAGGAUUGAAGCCAGAUGGAACUAGUGUUUCUAGUGUGCUUCCAGCUGUUGGUGACUUGGAAAUGCCGUUGAUGGGGAUUCAGAUUCAUUGUUAUGUUAUUAAGCAAGGUUUAGGACCGGACAAGUUUGUGGUUAGUGCGCUGAUUGAUAUGUAUGGUAAGUGUGCGUGUGCUUCUGAGAUGUCAGGAGUGUUCAAUGAAAUGGAUGAGGUUGAUGUAGGAGCUUGCAAUGCUUUAGUUACCGGGCUCUCACGAAAUGGACUUGUUGACAAUGCGUUGGAGGUAUUUAAACAGUUUAAAGGGAUGGAUCUGAAUGUCGUUUCAUGGACGUCCAUGAUUGCCAGUUGCUCUCAGAAUGGAAAAGAUAUCGAGGCUUUGGAGCUUUUUAGAGUGAUGCAGAUUGAGGGAGUUAAACCGAACUCUGUAACGAUCCCAUGCUUGUUGCCGGCUUGUGGAAAUAUUGCAGCAUUACUGCACGGGAAGGCAGCCCAUUGCUUUUCACUUAGAAAUGGAAUCUUCAAUGAUGUUUAUGUGGGUAGCGCGCUGAUUGAUAUGUACGCUAAGUGUGGAAGAAUGCUGGCGUCUAGGCUUUGUUUUGAUAUGAUGCCCAACAGGAACUUGGUUUCUUGGAAUUCAUUAAUGGCUGGGUAUGCAAUGCAUGGAAAGACUUUUGAAGCUAUAAAUAUUUUUGAAUUGAUGCAAAGAUGUGGGCAAAAGCCUGAUCAUGUUAGCUUCACUUGUGUAUUAUCUGCAUGCACCCAAGGUGGCUUAACGGAGGAAGGUUGGUUUUAUUUUGAUAGCAUGUCCAGAAAUCAUGGCGUUGAAGCUAGAAUGGAGCAUUAUUCAUGCAUGGUGACCCUUCUUGGUCGUAGUGGAAGGCUGGAAGAGGCAUAUGCCAUGAUCAAGCAAAUGCCAUUUGAACCAGAUUCUUGUGUUUGGGGUGCUCUACUUAGUUCAUGCAGAGUUCACAACAGAGUGGAUUUAGGUGAGAUUGCAGCAAAGAGAGUCUUCGAGUUAGAACCAAGAAAUCCUGGUAAUUACAUUCUUCUGUCCAAUAUUUAUGCUUCGAAGGCCAUGUGGGUUGAAGUAGAUAUGGUGAGGGAUAUGAUGAGAAGUAGAGGUUUGAAGAAAAACCCUGGCUACAGUUGGAUUGAAAUCAAGAACAAAGUGCAUAUGCUCCUUGCUGGAGACAGUUCCCAUCCACAAAUGCCCCAAAUUAUUGAGAAGUUGGCUAAAUUGACCGUGGAGAUGAAAAAGUCAGGUUAUGUUCCACAUACUGACUUUGUGCUACAAGAUGUGGAGGAGCAGGACAAGGAGCAGAUCCUCUGCGGCCAUAGUGAGAAGCUGGCGGUAGUGCUGGGGCUUCUAAAUACUAAGCCAGGAUUUCCGCUUCAGGUUAUCAAGAACCUUAGAAUCUGUCGUGAUUGUCAUGCUGUUAUAAAAUUCAUAUCCGACUUUGAAAAGAGAGAGAUUUUUGUUAGAGACACAAACCGGUUCCAUCAGUUUAAAGGUGGAGUUUGUUCUUGUGGAGAUUAUUGGUGAACGAGUAAAAUGCGUUUGUGGGAUUGCUGCUAUGAUUCUUAACAAUACUGAAGAUCCUUCUUGUAGAACGACUGGGAGAUCAGGUGAGUAUUGUCUGAUAAAAUCUGAAGCUGACUAAAUGGAGUUAAAAAAUUUCACUGGAGAAGGAUUUACAUUAAAACCUUUGUAAAUGUUUUGGCUCCCUGGGAAGACCCGUCAGUGCUACCUCUAGUGGAGCUCGUUGACAAGAACUUUUGGGCAUUUUAAAAUCACCAUCAGCACUCAUUUUGUUCAUCCAAAAUAUUCUGAUUCUGAAUUGGUGAUGAAAUGAAAAUAUCAUGCUGAAACCAAAACCAAAUUCUACUCUCUGACCCCUUCUCCGGGCCUCUUCACAUCUGUGCACGUGUAUGUAACUACACUGCAUCUAUUGUGAAGUGCUUCUGCACUUCUGUGCUCCGCUUAUUGUUUUGAUGCGUGAGCUUCUCUACUGUGAAGUUUUGGAAUUGUAUAUUGUCCAGGGCAAUUGUUGAACAUUCAUAGUCAGCUCGAGGCAAUCCAGCUGAACCUUUAAUUUUCUUUUCA